AUGGUACGGCGCCGCGGCGACGCGGCGGUGGCGCCCGAGGAGGUCGCGACGCCUCCGAGGCGGAAGGGUAAGAGGCCCAGGGCGGCGAAGACCUGUGCGGAGGAAGCCCCGCAGGACCUCUCGGAGCCUUCCAAGAAGGUGAGGAGACAACGCGGGCUUCCGGCAGGAGAAGCGCCAGCCGACCCACCCUCGCCCCAGCCAGAGCGCCCGCGGCGGGCGAAGCGGGCGCAGGCCGCCGCGGCGGAGGUGCAAGCCUCCCAAGGCGCCUCGUCGGUGAAAGACGGCAGCGCCGAUGUGAAGGCGGCCCGGGCGAAGGGCAGCGGCAAGGACCAGGCCUACAAGGGGAUCGACUACCCCGCCGAGUGCGAGGUCUUCGUCCGCCCGGUGCCCACGGACGCCACGGAGGACGACCUGCGCGGCUUCAUCCGCGGCGACAGCGGGUACCACAUCCGGCGGGUGAAGCUUCUGAAGGGCACCAGCGGCAUGCAGCUGGGCUUCGUCGCCCUCGGCGACUGCCUCGGAUGGGGAUCGCUGC